AUGUCGGAGGACAAGGCGAAGAAGCUUGCCGCGGAGAUCCAGGCCUCCUCGAGCUCAGAGACCUUCGACUUGGCCGGGUACGGGCCCGAGGGACUCGCGCAGCUCGUCAAGGCGGGUCUCGGGACGCCGAUCCGCAGCGCGGAGAUGAUGCGGCUCACGUUUGUCUGCGGUGGAGGCAAGAAGGUGCGCCAAAAGUACGCUGACAACCUCCCGAGUCUCUUUGGCGACGCGCUGAAGAGUUCAGGCUUCGUAGAGGACCGCGGCGCGGCGGCCUCCCUCGACUGCCAGGGGCGCUACAAGUUCCAGCAUGACACCGACAAGGACCUCAAGUUUGUGCACGUUUUCCCGCGAAUCGCGCCGCCGGACACGCCGGGCGGCGAGGGCGACGCGGCGCUCUCGCCCGCCGACCUGGUGAUAUUCGCCGACCUGCCGGCCUUCAGAACGAUGGUCGCCAAGAAGACGCCCUCCUUUAGCCAGCGACGCCGCGCGCUCGACGUCCUCAAGGCGGCCAAGGCGCGGCUCGCCGCCAUCGAGGCGAAGCAGCUCGCCGAGCUGCAGCCGCUCUCCGAGGAGGAGCAGAGCUACUACGACUCUUCGGACGCAGACGGACUGCAGGCGAAGCAGGACUUCCUGCAGGCGCUCCUCGAGGAGAUGAUCGCCGCCGGCCAGCUCACCAAGCCGGAGCAGAGCGCUGUGCUCGAGCAGCUGCAGCAGAAGCUCGAGGCGGUCGAGGCGCAGGUGGCGGCGGCCGCCGCCGCCGGCUCGUCCAAGAAGGAGGCCAAGCUGCGCGAGGCGCGCGAGAAGCUCGAGGCGCGCCGCGCCGCCGUCUCGGCGCUCAAGCCAAUCGCCAACCGGCCUAAGUUCGCUUCGGAGAUUGGCGCGGUGCAAAAGCGGCUCGCCGCGCUCGACGCGCUCGAGAGGAGCGCAAAGGUGCUGUCGCUCGACGACGCGCUCAAGCUCAACGCGAGGCCAAAGCUGCUCGAGGACCUCAAGGCGAUGCAGGCGGAAAGCAGAGGCUGGUUUGCCGAGUGAGCAGCAACCAGCAGCCGCGUGCGGGCCGUUCACAGCCUCGACGUACCGCUCGAUCCGCAGGUGACUGUGAGCUGUGAAGUCGGCCGCCCCGCCCGAUCGGUGUCGCGCAUCCCGACCUUCCCGAGGGAGCUUGCUGGCCCGUUGCCCUUGAAAGUUUCUGGCGUGAAACGAAGAAAAGUAGGGAAAGCUAAUCUCAUUCUU